AUGUCCUCCGCUGAGCAGAAUGAGAUAGGUGAGGGGGAGCAGCUUCAAGUAGAAGAUGGAGAGAUAAGAAUGCCUGAAUACAGGCAUUUACUUGCCAUUCGUGCAAGGAAACCGAAAGGUGCAUUACAAAACUGGCUCAGUAAAGAUGAGAAAGAAGUAAGAUGUCUAAGCUUGAGUGAGCAACAACUUGAAAAUGCUACACGAACAUAUGGAAAAGACAUUAUCAGGGACAAUAUGGCAGUCCAGAAUGUCUACACCUCGGAUCUUCUGCUCAUUCAUGUGGCAGGGCAUGCCUAUCUAAACUUGUACACCCAGCAUAACUUGUUGAGGGUCUACCCCGAAGGUACACACAUUGAUUCAUCUAAUUACGAUCCUUUUGUCGGAUGGAUGCACGGAGCUCAAAUGGUUGCAUAUAAUAUGCAGGUUGCAAAAGUGUUGUUCCAACUUUACAGCCUAUGCGAUAACAAAGCAGGUCUCAGUAUAAUAUCAGGGUCCCCAGAUGUGCUUAUUUCAGGCAAGAUACAUAUACAGUUUAGUUCUUGUUAUCGUGUUGGCUUUAAGCAUUUUCUUCAUGUAAAGGGAUACAAGUCCAUAACCAAAAAAUAUCUUCCUAUCGCUGUGGAGGGCUAUGGGAAGCAGCUUUGGGUUAUGCAAGGAAUGUUUAGAGCCAAUGGAGGCUGCGGUUAUGUGAAAAAGCCUGAUUUUUUAUUGAGGGAGGAGGUUUUUGAUCCUAGUGCGCAAUUACCGGUCAAGAACAUUUUGAAGGUGAAAAUCUCAUCUGGAGAAGGGUGGUAUUUGGAUUUCUGCCACAUGUAUUCUGCACCUGACUUAUUCGUAAAGAGGUCUAUACAUAUUGUCAAGGUUGGAAUUGCUGGGAUCCAAGCUGAUAAAGCUGAGUAUAACACAAACAUAGUUAAGAACAGCUGGGUACCGGAAUGGAACAAGGAAUUUGAGUUCAAACUGACUGUUCCUGAAUUGGCUGUGCUCACCGUCGAAGUCCUCGAGCAAAACAUUUCUGGAAAGAGUGACUUUGGAGGCCAAACAUGUUUGCCUAUAUCAGAAUUGAGAACUGGGAUUCGAGCAGUUCCAUUGCAUGAUCUUAGAGGAGAAAAAUACAAGAAUACAAGGCUUCUUAUGAAAUUUGACCUUCGAGACGCCAAUGAAUUUUCUGAGUGA